CGCGUCUGCCGGAGGGUGCGAUUUCCUCUCGGCGCCCCUCCAAGCCAAUCCAGACAGUCCAAGCCCGAAUGUUCCCGAGCCCAUCUUCGAUUGAUAUCACUGCAGGCUCUGCAAAGAGCCCACCCGUCACUAGUCACUGGCGAGCUGGUGCCCUCUGACCGAGAUGCUGCUGUAGAGCGCCGCGGGCAAGGGUCACACGACGCGCAUUCGCAGCAGCCCUCCCCCCCAUGUUCUUCUGUUCGACGCGGCACAACUAUGACCCCAGCGAGUCCCACGACGCCACACAGCUCUGGGAUCUUGGCGUCGUGAUCGUGUGUGAUAGAUUCCGCUUGACUGGCUUUCUAAUACUCAGUCAGUUACAACUUACGGCGCUCGCCGCGCAGCGAUCGCACACAUAAAAAGGACAUGGCCUAGCGAUGGUGUGGGACUACGGCCCUCGCCCCCUCUUCGAACUUUUUCUCCUGGUCCGCGAUGCACAGCGCUGUGGCGCUUUUCUCACUCGUUUCGUUCCUUCUCUGCACCCCGUCCAGCGCGGUCAAACUCGCCAUUUCACGGCCUCCCAAGGCCAGCGCGAACGUCAACGGCAACUUGAUCAACAAAGGCAACCUACGCUAUACUGCGAACAUCACGAUCAGCGGGCGCGUCGUGAAUGUCGCCCUCGACACCGGCAGCACGGACCUUUGGGUCAUGCCUCCCGAAGGUGUCCCGAAAUUCAACGACACGCACCUGAAUGCGACGCUGCGGUACGGAGACGGAUCCGACUACGUCUUUGGCGACAUCGGGGUCGGGCACUUCCAGCUGAACCAGUACACGAUCCCGCACCAGGCGUAUCUGAACGUGUUCCAAGCCGCCGCAGCCGAGGACGCGGACUUUGCCGACGGGAUCUUUGGUCUGUGGGGUCUUGGCUUCGACACGCCCGGCUCGUCUGGGGUCAACGACGCGAUACAGACCGCCUACGGCCCGUCUGCCAAGUGGGGCCAGUCUGUGCUCGCCAACAUCUUUGCGCAAGACCCUACCAAGGCCGACUACAUCGGAAUCGCACUGUCUCGCAGCGGUGAUGCUGGUGGCACCGCUGACGCGUCGCUGACCAUCUCUGAAUACGACUCGGACUAUGACAAGGUCGCCAGCUCGCCUAAAAUACCGCAGACACCGGCUGAUUCGGGGGCGUGGACAGUCCCGCUCGACGGCAUGUCUGUGGGAGGGAAGAAGAUCGACUGGCCGACCACGAUGAGGAGCGCGACUCCUGGAAGCAACAUUGUCCACCUCGACACCGGCACCACGAACGUCAUGAUGCCCGCAAAACAGGUCGCUGCGAUCUACGGCUCGGUUCCCAACGCCGUGUUUGCGCCGAACGACAUCAUGUGGAUCCCGCAGACGCAGUACAGCACCACGAACGCAGUCUGGGUUGUGCCCUGCAACGCGUCCAUCAGCGUCGUGGCCACUUUCGGCGGCCAAGACUAUGCCAUCCAUCCGUUGGACAUGACGGACAUGCAAGUCGUCACAUCGCCGGACGGGACACGCAACUACACGGUGUGCAUCGGCACCUUCACGGAUGUCGGCGCCAUCGUCUCCGGGGCGAGCGACGCUCUCUUCGGAGACUCGUUUUUGCGCAACACAUACACCGUAUUCGACUUCGCCACGGGAGGGAACGCAAAGCCGGGCUCCAAGCCUUUUGUGCAGAUUGUUGAAGCUUGUUUGUAUUAGCGACUAUCACAGUAUGUAGACAUGACAUCAUAAGUAGUAUUCUUAGAUUACUUUGGCUCGCUCCACAAUGACCUCAUACCUGACCUCAUUAUUGCGUCAUCCAUUACUCAUCUAUGAUAUCAUUACUCCACUAUGACAUCAUGAUAUCUGCUCCAGACUGGUAUAUAAACCUAGUACUAUACGCUCCAUAUCCUCAGCUCCUGUGUCUCUACACUCGCUGAGGUAUGCAUUCUCCCUUACGAUCUAAUGACCUUACUUAUGACUUGUACCAUAGACUCUGUCUUAUAGGUACAGCUAAUGAUAUAGCUCCUGUGUCUCUACACUCGCUGAGACUCUGUCUUAUAGGUGAUCGCUACUGGUCGUAUCUCCACUGCGCGGUAUUGUCUGCGACAGGUUAUGGGCCCCGCCUGAACCACUAGCCCAGAUCAAGAAACAUCGAACUACUCCCUUUGCUAAGGCGAGUAUCUUUCACUCGUUCAGCCCUUCUAGAGCGCCGUCUUUGUGCGCUCGUCCCACUUGCUGGAUGUCGGUCCUCGCAUUAGUGCUCUCACCCUCAAGGGGUUACGCGAGCGGCGUCAGGGAGUCAUUCAGUUGGCAGACGCGCCGUUAGCCAUUCCGUCCAUGAUUGCUCGCGCACGUUUUACGUUACAUCUUUUUAUUGUACAGCGGACAUACCCACCAGGCACUGGUCCUUUGGUCAAUCCCACUCCUGAACCUUGCGCGAAGCGCCUAGGUGGUGUGGUAGCUCUCAACAGCUGCUGGAGGUCA